AUGACCAUCCUGAUGCUUCAUGUUGAUGAUCUCAUUGUUGCUGCUCCUUCUGAUGAAGAGAUUGACGCCGUGAUCGCUCAACUAAGCAAGCAUUACCCCCUGAAAGACCUCGGUGAACCGAAACAGUACCUUGGCUGCUUGCUGGAGCGAGACUACGACGCCGGGACUAUUCAGAUGUCCCAGAAAGCCUAUGUCCAAAAGAUCCUACACAAAGCAGACAUGGUGCACUGCAAAGGAAGGAAUAUCCCAUUACCGGCGACAUGGAACUGGUCCGAAGGCCACGAGGAUGCAACCUCGACCCUUGAAGACAAUGACGACUACUUAUCAGUUGUGGGAAGUCUGAACUGGUUGGCAAUGCGUACGCGCCCCGACAUCAGGUUCUAUGUUACAAAGCUACAACACAAAUCUGCGAAUACCAUUAUUCACGACCAAGAAGCUAUGGUGCAGGUCCUUCGUUACCUCCGAGAGCAUCCAGAUCGUGCGAUCACACUCGGGAAGAAGAAGGAGUUACAGUUCUAUGCCUAUGCUGACGCUUCACACGGAGACAAUUUGAAUUACAAAUCAACUGAGGGCGCAGUCUGGUUCUUUGGAGGCAGUCCAAUACAAUGGUCAACCAGGAAACAGACUAUUAUGGCCCCGUCAACCACGGCCGCUGAAUGGUGUGCACUUGAUAAGCCUGCACGGGACGGCAUGUGGCUUCUCAAACUUGCCAUAGCCUUUGGCUUUCCCAGAGCAAACGAUCCGUUGGUGAUCUACACAGAUAACAUCAACACCCAGCUACUCUUGAACAAGAAGACUGGUCGCAACUCGACAAGAUGGCUUAACAUGCGAUAUUCCUUUGUGAAAGAUGCUGCUGCCAAGGGCUACAUUGACCUGGAAAGGGUCGAGAGCAAAGCCAACGUGGCAGAUGGUUUCACGAAGCCACUCGGAGAAGAAACGUUCCCCGGAUUAAUCACACAGCUAGGGAUGUGA